AUGACCGCUCCCUGGCGGCGCCUCCGGAGUCUGGUUUGGGAAUACUGGGCCGGGCUCCUCGUGUGCGCCUUCUGGAUCCCGGACUCGCGCGGGAUGCCCCACGUCAUCCGGAUCGGAGGGAUCUUUGAGUAUGCGGAUGGCCCCAACGCCCAGGUCAUGAACGCGGAGGAACACGCCUUUCGAUUUUCUGCCAACAUCAUCAACAGGAACAGGACUCUGCUGCCCAACACAACCUUGACCUACGACAUCCAGAGGAUCCACUUUCACGACAGCUUUGAAGCCACCAAGAAGGCCUGUGACCAGCUGGCGCUGGGUGUCGUGGCAAUCUUCGGGCCAUCGCAGGGCUCCUGCACCAACGCCGUCCAGUCCAUCUGCAACGCCCUGGAGGUGCCCCACAUCCAGCUGCGCUGGAAGCACCACCCGCUGGACAACAAGGACACCUUCUAUGUGAACCUCUACCCCGACUACGCCUCCCUCAGCCACGCCAUCCUUGACCUGGUCCAGUAUCUGAAGUGGCGGUCGGCCACUGUGGUGUAUGAUGACAGUACAGGGCUCAUCCGGCUGCAGGAGCUCAUCAUGGCCCCGUCGAGGUAUAACAUCCGCCUGAAGAUCCGCCAGCUCCCCAUCGACUCUGACGACUCGCGGCCCCUGCUCAAGGAGAUGAAGCGAGGCCGAGAAUUCCGCAUCAUCUUCGACUGCAGCCACACCAUGGCAGCGCAAAUCCUCAAGCAGGCCAUGGCCAUGGGCAUGAUGACGGAGUACUACCACUUCAUCUUCACCACUCUGGAUCUUUAUGCAUUAGACCUGGAGCCCUACCGCUACUCAGGGGUCAACCUGACAGGCUUCCGGAUCCUCAAUGUGGACAACCCCCACGUCUCGGCCAUCGUGGAGAAGUGGUCCAUGGAGCGGCUGCAGGCGGCUCCGCGAACAGAGUCGGGCCUGUUGGAUGGAGUGAUGAUGACUGACGCGGCCUUACUCUAUGACGCCGUCCACAUUGUAUCCGUGUGCUACCAGCGGGCUCCCCAGAUGACUGUCAACUCCCUGCAGUGCCAUCGGCACAAGGCCUGGCGCUUUGGUGGCCGCUUCAUGAACUUCAUCAAGGAGGCUCAAUGGGAAGGAUUAACUGGACGGAUUGUUUUCAACAAAACCAGUGGCUUACGGACGGAUUUCGAUCUGGACAUUGUCAGCCUGAAGGAGGACGGCCUGGAGAAGGUUGGAGUGUGGAGUCCUGCUGAGGGACUCAAUAUCACAGAGGUCACCAAGGGCCGAGGCCCCAACGUCACUGACUCUCUGACAAACAGGUCACUCAUCGUCACCACAGUGCUGGAGGAGCCCUUUGUCAUGUUCCGGAAGUCCGACAGGACCCUGUAUGGGAAUGACCGCUUCGAGGGCUACUGCAUCGACCUGCUCAAGGAACUGGCCCACAUCCUGGGCUUCUCCUACGAGAUCCGGCUGGUGGAGGAUGGCAAGUACGGGGCACAGGACGACAAGGGCCAGUGGAACGGCAUGAUCAAGGAGCUCAUUGACCACAAGGCAGAUCUGGCCGUGGCCCCCCUGACCAUCACCCAUGUCCGAGAGAAGGCCAUCGACUUCUCCAAGCCCUUCAUGACGCUUGGUGUGAGCAUCCUGUAUCGCAAGCCCAACGGCACCAACCCCAGUGUCUUCUCCUUCCUCAACCCCCUGUCUCCAGACAUCUGGAUGUACGUGCUCCUCGCCUACCUGGGUGUCAGCUGUGUCCUCUUUGUCAUUGCCAGGUUCAGCCCUUAUGAAUGGUACGACGCUCACCCCUGCAACCCCGGCUCCGAGGUGGUGGAAAACAACUUCACUCUGCUCAACAGCUUCUGGUUCGGGAUGGGGUCCCUCAUGCAGCAAGGCUCUGAACUGAUGCCCAAAGCUCUGUCCACCCGAAUCAUUGGUGGCAUCUGGUGGUUCUUCACACUCAUCAUCAUCUCCUCCUACACGGCCAACCUGGCUGCCUUUCUGACCGUGGAGCGGAUGGAAUCACCCAUCGACUCUGCUGACGACCUGGCCAAGCAAACCAAAAUCGAGUAUGGGGCUGUCAAGGAUGGAGCCACAAUGACCUUCUUCAAGAAGUCCAAGAUCUCCACCUUCGAGAAGAUGUGGGCCUUCAUGAGCAGCAAACCAUCGGCGCUGGUGAAGAAUAACGAGGAGGGCAUCCAGAGGACGCUGACAGCGGACUAUGCACUGCUCAUGGAGUCCACGACCAUCGAGUAUGUCACCCAGAGGAACUGCAACCUCACCCAGAUUGGGGGCCUCAUCGACUCCAAGGGCUACGGCAUUGGCACACCCAUGGGCUCCCCAUACCGGGACAAGAUCACCAUUGCCAUCCUGCAGCUGCAGGAGGAGGACAAGCUGCACAUCAUGAAGGAGAAGUGGUGGCGGGGCAGUGGCUGUCCCGAGGAGGAGAACAAGGAGGCCAGCGCCCUGGGUAUCCAGAAGAUCGGGGGCAUCUUCAUUGUCCUGGCUGCUGGGCUGGUUCUGUCUGUGCUGGUGGCUGUGGGCGAGUUUGUGUACAAGCUCCGCAAAACCGCAGAGCGAGAGCAGCGUUCCUUCUGCAGCACCGUGGCCGAUGAGAUCCGUUUCUCCCUCACUUGCCAGCGUCGGGUCAAGCACAAGCCACAACCUCCCAUGAUGGUCAAGACUGACGCUGUCAUCAACAUGCACACGUUCAAUGAUCGCCGGCUUCCAGGCAAGGACAGCAUGACCUGCAGCACAUCACUGGCCCCUGUAUUCCCCUAGACACAGGCCCGGUGGGGACCUCAGGCCUGGGUUAGGGCGGAGGAAAGCGAAGGAGCCAGGAAGGAAUGUUCUCUGACCCUGUGCUGGGCUUGGGAACCACAGCUGCUGCCUGCCUGUUGGGCCAGGAGCCCUUGUGCCCUCCCCACCAGGAAACCAGCAGCCUGAGUCCAGCCGUUUGGGCUUCAUUCUCCUCUCAUUUCUUCUAUGGAUUUCUAAAGCUGCCAGCUGAGAAAGCCAAGGCCAAAGGAAGCACAUGCCUCUCUCAGGCCAAACUCACCCGUUCCCCAA